AUGGCGGGAGGGUGUUUUGCGCGAAGACUUCCACAAAAUGCCGCGACGAACGACGACAGGACAAGGAUAGAUGAUGCACAGCCACACAUACCGAGAUGCGUGAUGCCGAUAUGGACAGCCGCUCACUCUCCUCGGGCUGGCGCCAGUCCCGCCGGCCGUGUCCAGAUUGCGGAACGGUCCCGACCGCCGGUUUUCGAAGAUUUGUUGCGAAAAUGAUCACUUGAGGGGACAGUUCAUUGAGUCUGCUAGGUUAGCUUGUCUUAUAAAAUACUCUUCAUUACGCCCUCGGCGGUAUGAAAAAAAUACCAGCGAAAAUUCAAAUGGCGACUUUUCCGAUUUUUUCGUAUCGCCAGGGAACUUUCCGACGGCCACCUUUCCGACGAAACUUUCUCCGACGUUUUUUUCGAUAAAAUAUUUGUUUUAAAUCUUCCUAUAUAAUGUAGGUAGUUGGUUCAUGAUUAAAACACAAACAAAUAGGAAAAAAAAAAUGUUUAUAGAUGUUUUAUAAACCGAAAAAGGUAAGGGAAAAAAGUCGGAAAGGGGUUCGUCGGAAAGGUGGCCGUCGGAAAGUUCCCUAGCGAUAUGAAAAAAUCGGAAAAGUCGCCGGUUGAAUUUUCGCUGGUCUUUUUUUCAUACCACCACGCCCUCAAUCAUCAAAUUUUAUAUACAAUCCAAAAAAACUCCCUGUGAUUUAUGAUCUUUUUAUGUUAUUUGGCAACUUUUUUUGUCCAUAUAAAAAAAUUCAACUUUCUCCGGGGUCACUAAAAUCAGGUACCGCAACCAAUUGCUCGAAGUUGGGGUUAUUUUGAGAACGACAGAUUUUGAAUGAACUCCGAAAUCAAAAAAAUUCUCAAACUGCGUUGCUUAUCGGAGUGGAAAAACUAACUUUCAGAACGAGAGCUGUUCUCCAAGCCAAAUUAGAAAAUAAUAAAUGAAAUUAUUUUUUUUUUUGCUCUGAGGAUUAGACAAUCAAAACCUUGAAAAAUGUUCAACUUUCAUAAAUAUUAUUUCAAACAAAAAAAUCGAUUAGAUAAUCUGAGACAGGGUUGAAGUUCAUUCGAAGCUAGCUUAAGCCUUAAGGUCACAUUCACUGGGUGUUCCAAAAAGGUUAGGGAAAAAAACCCAGCAGCGAGCAGAUUCAUGAACCUCUUUUAUCAUUCUAAAAGUCUGUAGUGAUAUUUUUCUCUUAAAAAAAUAUUCCAGAACAGAUCAGAAUCGAAUUUUAUUCCAUAUUCAAGCUUCAAUCAACGUUUUAAAAGUGAUAAAUGACUCGGGAAAUAAAGAGAAAAAAAGAUUUUUUUUUUUGGGUGACAAGGUGAAGGUGACAGUGAAAAAAUAUAUUUUUCAUGUCAAACCAGCGGCAAACGGAGUAUAGAAGCUCCAACAAGUUUUUGAUUUUUGAAAAUGAAUUCAAAAAAUCUCAGAAUCGAAUUCAAAUCCAUCCCCAAGCCUUCAUCCACGUGUUAACAGUGAUAAAUGACCCGUGAAAUGAAAAGAAAAAAAAAAUUUUUUUUUCUGGUGACGAGGUGCGGAGAAGCGGGCGGCGGUGGGGACGAGGAUUGAUGGUGCGCCUCCAACCGCAACAUUUCGAUGGAGGCCGACUCCUCAGGCCACGCCCCACGCCACAGCCACCACCGCUGCUCAAUUUUGUUGACGAGCAUUUAACACUACACGCGGCGUCGCGGCUGUCUUCUCUCACCUGCCUCAUUAAAAUCCCUCCCCGCAGGGCUCUUGAUCCAACUCCGGAGCGAUGGCUAAUGUUCGGCUCUUUGCAGGGGGACCACUACGAAUUCGUCAAAGUGGUCCCUAGAGUGGCCAUGUAG